GCCGGCGGCACCGCGAGGUACCCUGAGAUUGUGAGAAAAAGGCCCAUUGGAGGAGACUUCCCUGGUGGGAAAGAAGUUGCAGGGUCAAAGAAUUGCAGACUAGGCCCAGAGCUGAGGCCAAGAGGGACAAAGUACUUCCCCACUCCGCCCAAAUUCAGGAAGCUGCAAACAACUGGGGCUCAGGGAGGAGACCUUGGAGAUCCAGCCCUGCCCUAACCCCAUGCCUCUGCAGUGAACUUGAGACUAUGUGGAAGGGGAUUUAGAGUGUGAGAUGGCAAACACUUUAGCAGGAACCCCUCAGAGAGGGGGCUAGAGGAUUUAGCCACUCUUUGUUCCCUCCUGGUGGCCUAGGGCCCUCAUCCUGGGCACAGCGGGCACUAUGGACUCCCUGGGGUACAACUGCUUUGUGGACAGAGACAAGAUGGGUGCUGCCAUCCAGGACCUGGGGCCAAAGGAGCUGAACUGCACUGAGCUACAGGAGCUAAAACAGCUGGCACGCCAGGGCUACUGGGCUCACAGUCACAUCCUGCGAGGUAAGGUGUACCAGCACCUGAUCCAGGACAUCCCCUGCCGCACAGUUACACCCGAUGCCAGUGUGUACAAUGACAUCGUGGGCAAGAUUGUAGGCAAGCACAGUACCAGCAGCCUGCCCUUGCCUGAGUUCGUGGAUAACACACAGGUGCCCAGCUACUGUCUAAACGCCCAGGGGGAAGGGGCCGUGCGCAAGAUACUCCUGUGCAUUGCCAACCAGUUCCCUGAUGUCUCCUUCUGUCCUGCCCUGCCAGCUGUGGUGGCCCUGCUGCUGCACUAUAGCAGCGACGAAGCUGAGUGCUUUGAGAAGGCCUGCCGCAUCUUAGCCUGCAAUGACCCUGGCAGGAAGCUGAUUGACCAGAGCUUCCUGGCCUUUGAGUCCUCCUGCAUGACAUUUGGGGACCUGGUGAACAAAUACUGCCAGGCAGCCCACAAGCUGAUGGUGGCCGUGUCAGAGGACGUCCUGCAGGUCUAUGCAGACUGGCAGCGCUGGCUGUUUGGGGAGUUGCCCCUCAGCCACUUUGCCCGAGUCUUUGAUGUCUUCCUAGUGGAAGGUUACAAGGUAUUAUACCGUGUCGCCUUGGCGAUCCUCAAGUUCUUCCACAAGGUGAGAGCAGGGCAGCCACUUGAGUCUGACAAUGUGAAGCAGGAGAUUCGUGAUUUUGUCAAGGACAUUGCCAAGACCGUGUCCCCUGAGAAGCUGCUAGAGAAAGCAUUUGCCAUCCGCCUCUUCUCCCGCAAGGAGAUCCAGCUGCUGCAGAUGGCCAAUGAGAAGGCACUGAAGCAGAGGGGCAUCACUGUCAAGCAGAAGAGGCAGUUUGUGCAUUUGGCCGUCCACCCGGAGAAUUUCCGCUCAGAGAUCGUCAGCGUGAAGGAGAUGAGAGAUAUCUGGUCCUGGGUCCCUGAGCGGUUCGCCCUCUGCCAGCCUCUCCUUCUGUUCUCCUCGCUGCAGCAUGGGUACAGCUUGACGAGGUUCUACUUCCAGUGUGAAGGACAUGAGCCCACCCUCCUGCUCAUCAAGACCACACAGAAGGAGGUGUGUGGAGCCUAUCUGUCAACAGACUGGAGUGAGAGAAAUAAGUUUGGAGGCAAACUGGGCUUCUUUGGGACCGGAGAAUGCUUUGUGUUUAGGCUGCAGCCUGAGGUGCAGCGCUACGAGUGGGUGGUCAUCAGACACCCGGAGCUGACCAAGCCGACAUCCCUCAUGUCCUCAGAAACCAACAUCUCCACGCCACUCAGCCACUCUUCAGACCCUGCUGACCGUCUCUCGCCGUUCCUGGCUGCUCGGCACUUCAACUUACCCUCUAAGACCGAGUCUAUGUUCAUGGCAGGGGGCAAUGACUGCCUCAUCAUUGGGGGAGGUGGUGGCCAGGCACUUUACAUCGAUGGAGACCUGAACCGGGGCCGAACAGGCCACUGCGACACCUUCAACAACCAGCCCCUCUGCUCGGAGAACUUCUUGAUUGCUGUCAUUGAGGCCUGGGGCUUCCAAGACCCUGAUGCUCAGUGACAGGCCUACAUCAAUGGUGACUGAACCUCUGCUGUGGGGUGAUGGGGUGAUGCUGGAUCCUUCCUCAGAGAGCUGAGAGUAAACAGAUCCUCAUGGUGGGCAGGGUCGGGGGCAGCCAGGCUGAGCCUGGCACAACUAGACUGGCUCACAGGGGCCACUUACAUCAGGGUAGGAACUAGGGGCUGCUGUGCUUACACCCCAGUGCCUGCCCAGAGGGACCUUCCUCCCCCAUGCAGUGCUCUGGCUCUCCUAGGGGGGUAUCCUGAGUGGCAGUCCUCACGGGCAGGGGCUGUCUCACCUCUGUGGAAUCUUAGCACCUGGGGAUACUGGAAAUGAAGAAGGAACCUGUUACCAAGUGUGGGGCCGUGGGGCCCCCUGCUGGUGUGGCAUAGCAUUACUCCCUUCCUGAGCAAGGGUCCUGGGCCCCAGACUGCUCCUUGGCAGGAUUCUUUGCCUUCACCCUGGCCCCACUCUUGCCUGGCCUCUGGCCUUGCUCCCCCAGCCCCAUUGGCCCUGGCUUCUCCAACAGUGAGCUCUCAGGUCCCCCAGGGCUGCAUCUGAUGCUUCUGGGGGCUCCACCUCUCCUAGGGAGGGCCAAGGCAAGUGGGAUGGGGCUGACCUUGGGUCUUUGGGUUUCUGCAGAGCCUGAAGCUCUUGCUGGCCUUGCUGCGUGUUCACACCUGGAGAGGUGUCCAGGGAGGGGCCGGCCACUAGGGCUUCCCAGCCAUCCUCCUUUCUAGCCCUAUAGCCUCCCUGAUCCCCCUGCAGCCUCUGUCACUUCAGUGACCAAGGCCCAGGCUUCUAUUCACACCACUCAUCAUGGCAUGCUGUCUCAGACCACCCCCCUUUUCUUCACUAGGCCCUGAGGCCUCCCCAGGGCUCACAGCACCUUCCUGGCCACCCUGCAUGGAUGCACAUCUUCCCCCUGCCCUUCUCGUGGCCCUGUGGCUGACACAGGUCAGAAUGUUCUGCCACCUGUUUCCUUACAGCUUCUGGGGGCUUGAGCCCUUACACUGCCUGGGCCCUGUGCAGGCCAUAGUGCACAGGAGGUGCCAGGGAGGACUUGUGCCAGGCACUACAGGGAGAAGCCCAUGACCUCAUGACCUGUCUGCAGCUAGGAUCUGGGCACCACAGAGGGAAGAGAGAAGCAGGGGCCCAACCAGUUGUGCCAGGGCCAUGAAGGCCUAGGUCACAGGUACAGGUGCCAGGAAUCCUGUCCUACCCCCAUCCUUCUGUGGCUCCAGCCAGCACCACUUGGGGUCCCUGUGCCCAUUUCCACACUUGUGUUUUUCUUCCCGUCGGGGGUCAUCCUCCUUUGCCUAUUACUUGCAUCACCACUGAAUGGAGUCAUAGUCACAGUGGAACAGGAGGAAGAACCAGGAACACUGUGGCUCCGAGCAAGCUGAUAAGCCUGCCUGGAACUCAGUUUCCCCAACUGUGAAGUGGACCUGUCAUCCGCCUGCCUUGCUGUCCUCCUAGAAGGAAAAAAGUGGGAAGGUUGUCCCCACUCACCCCUACAGACUGAUGUAGCCCUCCCCCCACCCACCCCAUGCCCUAUAGCUGUGGUCUAUAUGGCCAACUUAGGUGUUCAUUAAACACAGUCUUGUUGCAUUGA